CUGACUGUGGUUUCCAAGGUUGCAAUCUCCUCUCUGCGGGUCCUCAAAGAGCACAAGGAUGACUCUUUGUUAUAGUUCACUGCUCAGCCACUGUGACCUGCACAUAGCACACACCUUUGCGGAGCUUUAAUGAGUGCUUUGCUGUGACUUUAUCUUUGAUCUUUCUUUUUUUUUUCUUUCUUUUCCUCUGCACUUGGUUCAUAUGCACACAUUUCACUGGGAAAAUCUCAUACUCUGUCAAUUGGCAAUCAAUUCUGUUGGCUAGCCUGUCUCCACUGAAAUGAAAUAAACAAGCGGCCGAGACUACAAGACCUACAAAAGAAAUGGAAAAAAAAAAAGAUUGAUAUGAAUUUGUACAUAUGAGCUGUGAGACUUUGUUUCUGUCCAGUUCAGAAGAUUCUUGCAGCUCUGAAACCUGGGUAGUUAUGUUUUUUUAGGGUCUUGUUUUAUAAAAGUCUGGAGCUGUGACUUCCUUUUCAUUGAAAACUUUUUAAACUUUAAGUGGUCAGCAACAAUGCAGCUCAAAGAACAUAAAAAAAUCCUAUCAGUCAGAAGCAACACUAAAGACCAAAGACUGUCUGUUCCGAUUAGGUAGUUGUCCUUCACAAGUCCUCAUCACUGCAAGGCAGGGUUGGAGGAAAAAGACACUCAAUAGGAAGGAGUGAUGAUGAAACCAUGACAAAUCAACUCAUUCUUUCACUUCAAAUUCUGCAAGUCUGCGCCACGGGAUUUCUGCUUCUCUUUGAGUUUGGGAGCAAGUGAAUCUUGAGACUCAAUGGUGUUCAUUUCUCUAAUCCAAUCCCUGUAUAAAACCUCCCUUUGAACGUCGGCAGAAAAGCUGAGAGGCAGCACAUAUCCACCACCCUCCUCUGUUCGCCUGCUCUCCGCCUCCCUGAUCCACGCUCAGUGUCCGACGCACAAGCGCCUGGAUGGAGCAGAUCUAAUUAAGUUUGCUGAUGGUGGAAGUGAUGAUUAUUGUGCAGGAAAGGAGGGAGCGGGAGGAAGAGGGGCUAAAGAAGAUAACGAGAAUAACUCCAGGGGGGCUGAGUGCACAGACUCCCCUUCUUUUCCUCCUCCUCUGUGUGGCUGAUCAUCUAGCCACCAUCAUUAAAGUCAUUCUUCAAAUAACUUCUCUGGUGUUUAUAAAGUAAUUUAAAAUUUAGCAGCCUCCCCCAUCCGGUUCAGUCCCAGAAUGCAGAUUUUAAUAAACAAAACCACAUUUUAAUAUUUACUUUGACGCAUCUUUUAAUCAAGUGUGGAAUUUGCUAAUAAAAGCCAGUGCAGGAGAUUUAAUAAAGUCAUUUAUCUUUUUUUUUUUGUUCUCCCUGAGUUUCAUUUGCAUUCAUUUGAACGACAGGUGCCUUCAGUCUCAGGCAUCUCACAUCUUUGACCAUCUUCUUCCAGCCCUCCCUUCUCGAACACCUCCUACUCACACUUCCUCCAUCCAACCGGAAGUAUCCUCGCUUUCUCGCUGCUGGAAUAAAUUAAAUUGGAAGAAGAGGCACAGAAUACAGUGAAGGGAGUGAGAGAGAGAGAGAGAGAGACAGAGAGAGAGACAGAGAGAGAGAGAGCGCCCCGAAUGUCAUUCACGCGCCCCGUGCGCAGCGAGUCCAGUCACCGCCUGCAUCCACGGCGGCUCUCCGUGCGCUCUGCGUGCGUCAAGGAGCCAGGAUGAGUUUGGAGGGACAGCAGCCUGCACAGCUUCUCUCGCGCGGGUGGCUUGUGCGCGUUGACUUCUCCCCCCUCUGAAGUGGAAGCCCUUUCCCGCUGCGCACCUCCGGACGCUCUCAGCUGGAAAUACAACACACUGAAAGUGAGGAGCUCGCUCUGGGGAUGCGGAUGUCUACUUCUGUGUAGUUUAACUUGCACAGGCGCUCAUUCAUUGGGUCCGUUUGCGGCACACCUAAGGUGGGGGGGAAUCUCAUUUCAAUGCUGCGCAGUCCGUGCGCUCAGCUGAACCCCAACUUCCCGGCUAUAUUGAGGACUUUUUUUUCUUUUGGAAAUUAAUUUUUUGACGUUCCCGGACUGAUAGACUUGCAAAAUUAGCAAGACUCAUCGGGAGUGCAGUGAGAAUGAGGAGUCACCGGGGCCGGGGGAAGCAGCAUGAGUGGCCCGUGCAUCUCCAAUAGACUGUCGGCCCUCAUGUUUCCAUGGACGUGGUUAACACUGAGCCUGCUCCAGAGCUGCUUGAUAGGGGCCGGCGCGGCGGACUCUGCCGGGGCCGGCUUCAGCGGCUCCGCCGGGCCCCUGGGCUGGCUGCUGUCAGAAAAGGGUCCUUUUCACAACUCCCAGGAGUUUGUUGAUUUCUCAGAACGGUACCAGCAGGGAUUCACCACCAAGUACAAGAUAUACAGAGAGUUUGGACGUUGGAAGGUGAACAGUUUGGCCCUGGAGAGACAAGAAAACAAUGGCUUUUCCAUACCGCUGGACGCCGAGUUCCUCCAGACUAUUAGGCAGCUGGGCAGAAGGCCCAGUCAAAGUGCCAUCAUUGACAACAUUAUCAGGAAAUAUGGAACCCACUUCCUGCUUUCUGCAACACUGGGAGGGGAAGAGUCAUUAAUGAUCUUUGUGGACAAGCGGAAGUUGAGUCGGACAUCUGAAGGGAGUGAAUCCAAUGGCACAGCUGUGACGCUUGAAGCUCUGCACCAGCUGGCUGCUUCCUACUUUAUCGACAGGGAGAGCACCCUGCACAAGCUGCACCACAUCCAGAUUGCCUCCACUGCCAUCAAGGUGACCGAAACAAGGACGGGUCCUCUCGGAUGCAGUAACUAUGACAACCUCGACUCUGUCAGCUCCGUUUUGGUUCAGAGCCCUGAAAACAAGAUUCAUUUGCAAGGUCUCCAGGCAAUACUCCCCGUGUAUCUGAGAGCCAGGUUUGUGCAGGCUGCUCUCAGCUACAUAGCCUGUAAUGAGGAAGGACAGUUUGUGUGCCGGGACAAUGACUGCUGGUGCCAGUGUGCCGUCGACUACCCACGCUGUAAUUGCCCUGAGGUGCAUCUGAAGGCUAUGGAAGCCAGCUUACUGCAAAUCCAAGAUUCCUGGUACACGGCCAACCAAGAAUUUGAGGAGUCAGAUGAGUUUCAGAACUUUGUUCGAAGGCUUCCCACUUUCUACGCCCUGAACUCAUCCGCCAUCCAGUACUUCUGGAAGACGGAGGCAUCCGUUCAUCAGCGCUACAAACAGCUGGAGCUCAGCAGCCAGCAGCUCCUGAGCAAAGCACGACGCAUCAUCAACAAGCUCUUCACCCUCAGCAAGAGGUGUCAAACCCAGCCCCGAAUUAUCAUGCUGAGGGAGAGGCCUUUCAGCUACUGGCUGAACUACAUCCUCUCCAUCAUGUACUGCAGUGAAAACAAUCAUGUCGGCUCCUACCUGGAGGAGACCCGCAGCUGCUCUUGCCCUUACGAACACCCCCCUUGCCAGAGUGUGAUCCCCUGCACGGUGGGAGAGGGCACUUCCUGCGCAUCAUGCUCUUAUGAAAACCGCUCCCGCUGCGCCACCUGCAACCACGGCUACAUGCUGAGUCAGGGCAUGUGCCGGAACGAGGUGCCGGACUCCACUGACCAUUACAUCGGCUUCGAGAUCGACCUGCAGGAUAUAGAGCUGCGCUACCUCCUGCAGAGGCGUGACAACCGCAUCAGCAUUCAUGGAAUCUUUGUCAGCAACGACGUCAGGCUGAACAACUGGUUUGACCCCUCGUGGAGGAAGAGGAUGCUGCUUACACUGAAAAGUAAUAAAUAUAAGUCAAACCAUGUCCACAUGCUCUUGGGGAUUUCUCUGCAGAUCUGCCUUACCAGGAACAGCACACUGGACCCAAUGCUAUCCGUCUAUAUCAAUCCGUUUGGGGGCAGCCACUCAGAGAGUUGGAUCAUGCCCAUUGACCAAAACAACUACCCAGACUGGGAGAGGACUAAACUAGACCUUCCCCAUGACUGUUAUAACUGGACUUUGGCUUUAGGUAAUAAGUGGAAGACAUUUUUUGAGACUGUGCACUUUUACCUGCGGAGCCGGGUCAGAGGGCCCUCAAUGAACGGAAACGGAACAGUGUAUUAUGAACCCUUGGAAUACCUAGAACCGGGACAGAAUCUCGGCUACAUGAAGAUAAACAGCAUCCAGGUGUAUGGCUAUAGUAUGCACUUUGACCCUGAAGCGAUCCAAGACUUGAUUCUACAGCUGGACUACCCCUACACUCAGGGCUCGCAGGAUUCAGCCCUACUGCAGCUGCUGGAGAUCCGGGACCGGGUCAACCGGCUCUCCCCACCUGGAGCUCAGCCCCUUGAUCUCUUCUCCUGUCUGUUACGGCACAGGCUCAAACUGUCAACCACAGACGUUGCCAGGAUCCAGGCUGCCCUCCAGACUUUUAGUGCCAAGCAGCCGCACUCCAUAGAAUACGAGACAACCAAAUUGUGUAGCUAAUAAGUGGGCAGAUGACCAGGAGCACAGAUGGAGCGGUUAUCCCAGAGGCCUGAUGAUGGUAAAGAGCAAUUCUGAAGCUGUUCAGUGGACAAUUUGGGGACAUUUUAUAUGUUAUUGUGAGUCUCAGCAGUGUAGUUGAGAUUCUCACAUCGGCUUUUCCUAUAAAUUUGUACAACACCCUAGAGUUAAAGAGGAUUUCACCACACUUGCCUCACAGCUUUUCACUCCUGCUGAACUUUGACAGAUCAUAACACAGAUUUAAAGCUCUGCCAUCACUCAUAAUUUGCCAGUGGUGCAAUGUUUGCAGCUUACACAGAUGUCAGUCACUUAAAUGCAUUAAGAAAAGCUUUUGCUGAUAAAUACAAGCAAUGUAAUCAUCUUACAAACACAUGCAUUAUGGUCUUUUUUUCAUGAUUUUUUUUUUGUUCUUUUGGAAAUUUGAUUCUAUUUUUUUUUUUUUAUUUUUUUUUUCCUCCAUCUUAAUAUAGAACCCAGUCUGCUUGUUUCCUAUGUUUGUACAUCCUCAAAAAUAUAGCAUUUUUUCAAAAGUCUGCCAUGAAUUUUAUAAGAAAAAAACUAAAAUAAAGUAAAGGAACAAGAGAUUUACAAAGGAGAAUUAAUGUACCAUAAUCAUGAUAUAUGUUACAUGUGCUUUUAUUUUUAUAAUGCUGUUGUUUGUGAUGGAAAAAUUACAAAAACACUGUCUAUAAAAUGUAAAGUACAACUUUGUUAAUACACUGAAUAAAAUACAUUUUUAUGUGUGGUCUAUAGGCA